GACACAAGAAGUCAUAGCUCACACGGAGUAUUGCCCGGCAGGCUGAGCGUCUCUCCAUACAGCAGGCACAGCAAGCCAGUAGUAUUCUUCUUCAGACGAAGCCAAUUGGCCGCGCAACCCACGGAGCCAUACAGCGCCCCUCAACGGGCCUAUUCGCCAAGUUAGUGUGGCAGGGGGGGUGUGUGUGGGCCGGACCUCGCUACUAUUUCCUCGUCGGAUGCGCCCACUCACAUCGCGUUACACGGGGCCAUCGACAAAGGACGCUUCGAUUGUCACUGGCCCUGGGGGUAGCAAAACUUUCUUACGCAAGGCUUAGUUUCUAAUUUCACACCCAGGCCCCCCCAUGAUCGCUCGUGUCUUCCCUAUAUCCAGAAGCUCGGUUCAGAUAUAUACCUGUCAUUCCCACUAAAUCGGCCCUCGCCCUACAUUAGUUUUUAUAUCAUGACCCUUCCUUCUGCUCCAAAGUCAGCCCUCUUUUGCCAUUGUCCUUAGCACUAAGAAAAAUAGUAUUUCUUUUUCGUUUUGUGUACGGCUCUUUUUCUUUUCUCUUCUCUUCACAUUACUUCUACAACAGUGCUACGCGCAUUUAAUACGACUGGUCCUAUUCAUAAUUUCGCUGUGCCACAGGGAGUGACAGUACCAUUCCUCUCCCACAUACUCGCGCCAGAGAAGACGACCGCCCCCAACGCCGACCUCUGUCUAUACAAUUUUCAAUAUUAGUACCCAUUCCAUCCUUCAAGGACAAAGCACCCACCAAAUCCACACACACUGUCAUCGCAGCAAGCGACGACCGACAUUCUCAAAAUCAGCAUGAGCGCCUUAGCCUUGCCAUUUGACUCGGCUUUCUCAAUUGGACCCCACGCCAACACGAUUGUCGACCACGAUUGGUUUGAUUACCUUCCCCAGCAACUCCCACCUACACCUGAGAUGGACUUCUCUUCUGCUGCUCCCAGUAUCAGCACCAACGCCCCAUCGCCUCCUAGCACGGCAAGCUCUGUCGCAAGCCCUAUGCUUGCAGCAAACACACCCGAGCAGGAAUACGCAGCCAAGCAAGGCAGACGAGACUCGAGCCUUAUCGAGCGCGUUCACCGAACCAACAGUGGGCAUUUUAUUAAUGGCUCCAACUUUGGUACUAUGCCAUAUGAGGACAUCUCCAUGCCCAUGUACACAGCAUCCCCUACUGGGAUGCCAGUUGUGUCCGAGAUGCCGCAAAUUUAUGCUCAGCAGCAAUACAUGCCCCAUUACGUUCCCCAAAUGCCGGAAUACGAAACACAGUCACGACAAUUCAGGCAAGCCUAUCCCGAGGUUCAACCAAACUAUGGUCAGGUAUAUAGCAUGCCUGGGGAUUAUCGCCAAGGCUAUCCCACAGCCCCAGCGUACAACGACUAUAGACCUCCGCUUAUGGCCCAACCAUCUGCUAUCUUGCCUGGGAACAGUGUGCCCCCAGUGAGCGCUCCUGCAGAGUCCAGUCGCUCCAGCCGCUCCAGUCCCGAUGUUGGCAAUUCAACUGGGAAACAAGGCCGCGCUAAGCCUAGAUGCUGGGACCAUGGCUGCAAUGGCAGACAGUUUUCCACCUUUAGCAAUCUUUUGCGCCAUCAGCGUGAGAAAUCUGGGCAAUCUGCCAAGUCAACCUGUCCCAACUGUGGCGCCGAGUUUACGCGAACGACAGCGCGUAACGGACAUAUGCUUCACGAUAAAUGCAAGCGACGCCCUUAGAGAUUACGGGCCGAGGUUGAAUCUGUAUAUUUACAAAAAACACACGUUUUAGGAUAACUAAGUAGCAUUGGAACACCGGAGUUGGAUAUCUUUGGCUUGAAUGUACUUCAUUUCUUUCAUGUUUGGAACGGGAAGGCGGACGGCGUUUUUGGUGAACUCAUGCUAUCCUCUUGGAAGGAGAUACCAGUAUACCCAAUCUUCCUCGAAUAGCCUCGGAGCAAAUAAACAAAAAGCUUUUUUUUACCAUAUAUAGGAAGCCUACACAUGUCGUCAAUGAAAUUAUAACGCCUUCGUCGUUGGCGAGUCACGUCCGAGAGAAGGGGAGGCGUAUGUGUAAAUGCGGAUAGCCAGAUGCAACCUUGAAUCACGAUUAGAGAGAGCUAUGUAUGAAUGGGGGCACUGAAAAGCAAGGAAAUCAGGGCUAUCAAACCGCGGCCCGCCAGCUGCAGUAGCCAGCUGAAAGAUACUUUUUGCACAGACAAGGCAGGGAGAGGGGCCGAGAGGAUGAGGUGUGCCGUGAGGAUGAGGUGUG